AACUGCCACACAAACAGUACGAUAUUAGGUGGUACAUGCGAGUUUACAAUCUCAAUUUCGCAAUAUGCGCGCUUUACUUUUUGUGGUUUUGUGCCUUUCUGUAGCUGUCUGCAUAAGAGCAGAAGAUCUUUUUCUAGGUCAACGUCAGGAAGGAGAUUAUGUUGCGACUAAUAGAACCAUUUUUAAGCCUCCUAUCCCUGGAAAACAAAUGAUGGCGCGAAUCGGCGCGUCCGGUAAAAAUUUAGAAGAUGUUAUCAACCGAGUGGAGAUGACAAACAUGGGAAACAAAACUGCCGAUUUUACAGUAACCAAAGGUGGCAUCGGCAAUAAUAAUAUAGUGAUACUCGCUGUUGCACGAAAAAGCGGAGAAGGCUUACACGUACACAUAACAGCGCAUGCCAUAAGUCAGUUGUCUGCAACAACAACGGAGAAGCCAACUACUGCAAGCAGUGAUGCACCUGGUGAUAGAAGCACACCCGAUGAUGGUGACGGAAAUAACAGCACUCCAGGUGAUGACGGAAGUAGUAGUAGCACAUCUGAUGGUGAAAGUUCCAGCACUCCAGGUAAUGACGGAAGCAGUAGUACUGCCGGUGAUGAUGAAGGAAGUAACACCACACCAGGCAAUAGUGACGGAACUGGUAGCACUCCAAGUAAUGGUGACGGAAGUGGUAGCACAUCUGACGGAAGAGAUAAUGAUGGAAGUUCUAGCACUCCAGGUAAUGAUGACGGAAGCAGUAGUACUGCCGAUGAUGAUAAAGGAAGUAACACUACACCAGGAAAUAGUGACGGAACUAGUAACACUCCAAGUAAUGGUGAUGGAAAUGCUAGCACAUCUGAUGGAAGAGAUAAUGAUGGAAGUUCCAGCACUUCAAGUAGUGAUGAUGAAAGCAGCAGUACUCCCAAUGGUGAUGAAGGAAGUAGUACUACACCAGGUAAUAAUGACGGAAAUAGUAGCACACCUGCCAGCACUUCCGGUGAUAAUGAGGGAAGUAACACCACUCCCAGUGAAAGCAAUAGUACUCCUAGUGAUGACCCAAGCACACCCAAUGAAAAUCCGAGCACUCCUGGCGGUGAUGAUGGAAACAAUAGCUCGUCCGAUAAUAGUAAUGAAAGCUCAUCCGAUGAUGAUGAUAAAAAUAACUCAUUCGAUAAAAGUAAUAGUUUGCCUGACAGUGGAAGCAGCAGUUCAUCUAAUAGUAAAAGCAACAGCUCAUCUAAUAGUGAAAGCAACAAUAAGUCCGAUAAGAGUAACAACAACAAGAACAACUCAAGCAGUGACGACGAUGACAGCGACGACUCUAGAAGUGACGAUUAAAAGCUAUUGUAGGAUAAUUGUUUGAAAAUGAGACUAUUAUAAACAAUUACUUUAAAUAUAUAUAGCAAAUUUAUCACA